AUGACCCUUUGGCUAAAAGAGGAUGAUAAAUGUACGAAAUUCUUCCAUAAAGUGGCGAAUUCACAUCAACGCAACAACACGAUUGAGUCAGUCUACUCAGGUACUCAAGUGCUUUCAUCCACUGAUGAUUUGGAAAACCAUAUUGUACAGUACUUUGAGAACCUCCUCUCCGAACCGGUAGGCUUGAGGCCAAAACUUGAUGGCUUGCCUUUCAAGUCUAUUAAUUCACAAAGUGCAAAUGGUUUGGAAAGGGCGUUUGAGGAAGAUAAAGUGGUUAAGCUUAUUCGUAGCAUGACAAAGGACAAGGCACCGGGCCCAGAUGGAUUCUUGAUGGGAGUCCCAGGUAUUCUUUGCAAGCUUGACAUGGAAAAGGCUUAUGAUUAUGUGAACUGGGACUCCCUUUUCUACUUGCUCGGUAGGUGUGAUUUUGGUGACAAGUGGAUUUCAUGGAUUCGGUAUUGUAUAUCUAUCGUUCGUUUUUCAGUGUUAGUUAAUGGAACUCAUGUUGGGUUCUUUAACAUCUCUUGUGGUUUGAGACAGGGGGAUCCCUUGUCUCAUUUCUUAUUUGUCAUUGUUAUGGAGGUACUUGGUAGGUUGGUGAAGGCUGCUAUUGGCGGAGGUUUUUUAUUCGGUUUUUCAGUGGGUAAUGGCACAAAUGGGCCUACUUCAUUCUCUCAUCUCCUAUUUACAGAUGAUACUCUCUUAUUUUAUGAUGCGGAUCCUGGUCAGAUUCAAUCUCUGUGA